AUGGUUAUGGCACCUUCUGCCUGGCACGAUAUCGCAGAAGAUCAGACUACCAUAGCUUAUCCCGACGAUGUCUUGUCAUCGGGCAGAGAGCGUUCCCGAGGAUUAAUCGCGGAUGCUCUCAAAUCACGAAUCGAUGCUGUCGAUCAUGACGAAUGUAUUCCUGGCGAGGAAGACGCGUUCUUCGUCGCGGACCUUGGGGAGGUCUAUCGUCAACACCUUCGGUGGGCUCGUCACCUUCCCAAUAUUCAUCCUCAUUAUGCGGUCAAAUGCAACCCUGCUCCACAGCUCGUGCGAUUCCUUGCCUCCCUAGGCACCGGGUUUGACUGCGCGUCCAAGUCCGAGAUCGAUCUGGUCCUUUCCCUCGGGGUGUCCCCCGACCGGAUUGUUUAUGCCCAACCUGUCAAGACCAACUCCUACCUCACAUACGCCAAGUCUCGAGGGGUGAAGCAGAUGACCUUCGACAAUACGGACGAAUUGCGCAAGGUUGCCGCCAAGUGUCCCGGCGCCGAGUUGCUGCUUCGAAUCACCACCGACGACAGUGCAGCUUUAUGCCAGCUGAGCAUGAAGUUUGGUGCCGCCUUGAAGGACUGCCCGAAGCUGCUUAAGCUCGCGAAGACAUUGGGUCUCAACGUAGUCGGCGUCGCCUUUCACGUCGGUUCCGGUGCGAGCGAUCCUCUCGCUUUCAAGAAAGCCGUCAGCGAUUCCAAGACUGUGUUCAAUUGGGGCCAUGACUAUGGACACGAGAUGAAAAUUCUGGAUGUUGGAGGCGGAUUCAGCGAUGAUUCCUUCGAUGAUAUGGCCGGUGUGCUACGUGCCGAGCUGGACGAGCAUUUCCCUUCCUCUUCCGGCGUUCGAAUCAUUGCUGAACCAGGUCGCUAUUAUGCUGCUACAGCAUUCACUCUGGCUUGUCAUGUGAUCGCGAGGCGCGUUGUCGAAUCAGGCGAUGUCGAAUUUGAGGGACCCGAAGGCAGCGUUCGAUCCGUUGAUGAUAAGGCGGGGGAGAUCGUGUCGCCUGCGGCCUCUAAUAUGCAUAAUUCGGGCGACCACGGCGCCUUCGACCUAGCUGAAGAGCGUGAAGGAUCGGGAUCGGAAAGCUAUAUGCUUUACCUCAACGACGGGGUCUAUGGGAACUUUUCCUCGAUCAUGUUUGAUCACCAACAGCCGAUUCCCAGGGUGUUGAAGGCCGACGGCCGAUUCUUCUAUCAAAUUCUGACGGGUCGACGCAUUACCUACAGUAUCUGGGGCCCUACUUGCGACGGCAUCGAUUGUAUUUCGUCUCGUGUCGAGCUGUCCGAGAAAGUCGAGGUCGGGGAUUGGAUGUACUUUGAGGACAUGGGAGCCUACACCAUGUGUAGUGCAACCCGAUUCAAUGGUUUCCCGGAUGGCCACGAUGUUGUUUGGGUUGGUGCGGAUGCGCUGCCUGGGUUCGGGUUGUAA